AUGUCACCGCGUAUCGGCCUACCCACCGAUGUGUUUGGCCUCAACAUAGUCCGGGCUUUGAAAGGAUCGUUUUCGCUCGACAGCAAGCUGAUGGAUUUGCAGUUCGAGUUUGUCGAUGGUGCCCACACAAGCAUUGAUCUCCUCUACGACCAGAACCUCAAAGUCCUCCACAUUCAUGGGAAGUGGCUGAACUUUACGCAUAUGCACCGAGGGUCUAAUUGUGAGUUCUUCAGAGCCAUUGGAGAACAUCCGGUGGAUAGUGAUCACGGCUUUGUCUGUGACCACGUCGUCCAAGAUUUGCUCGAAACAGCCUUCGAUGAACUCCGCAUCCCUUUUGGCUUAACACAUGAAGGCGCCUCCUGCCUUCGACGAAACGCAGUUGAAUAUCUACGACAAACGCCUAGAGCUGUCACACUCAAAGUCCCGACAGCCACUAAUACGCUGAAGGUCAGCUGGAUUGGAAAUGAGAGCGGGAUCUUGAUCCGGCAAUUCGGUGCAAAUAUCCACUAUUAG